CGCUUUACGGGAGUGGAGGAGCAUGUUGAGUCGGUUGCAGGAGCUCCGCAAGGAGGAAGAGACCCUGCUGCGUCUAAAGGCAGCCCUGCAUGACCAACUGAACCGUCUCAAGGUCGAAGAAUUGGCCCUUCAAUCAAUGAUAAAUUCUCGAGGACGGACUGAGACACUGCCUUCUCAGCCUGCACCUGAACAGUUAUGUGAUAUGUCGCUGCAGGUGGACAAUGAAGCAUCAAUCAAUCAAACUGCACUGAAGCUGAGCACAAGGAGCCCAAUGGAGGAGGAGGAGGAGGAAGAAGAAGAGGAGGAAGAAUCUGAUUCGUGAAGGGGACAAGGGCUAGGGUUAGUUAUACAAACUAAACUAAGUCUUCGGUACUUCAUCUCUUCAAAGUCGUCUUGCAGGGCCUAUGUGAGAGAUAUACUUAUAAAUGGAAGAGGCUCAGUCCAUAAAGUAUCUACAUGCAAAUACGAAGACCUGAGUUUGGAGCCCCAGAAUCUGUGUAAAAACCUAGGCAGAGUGUCGAGUGCCUGUAACCCCAGCACUGGAGAUAGGAAGACCAACAGAUCUCUGAAGCACACUGGCCAGCCUCAUCUAGCCAAAACCAGUGAGUUCCGGUUUACUCAGAGACCCCGUCUGGAGAGCAGUGGUGGUGCUCAUAGAGGCACACAUCUCAAUCCCAGCACAUAUGUAUGGAAAGGGUUAAAUAACUGCAAAAAAAAUGGUUCUUUUCUACCGAGAUCUAUAAAUCAGUUCAAUCUCACUACUAGAGGAAUGGGGGAAAGUAGAUAACAUCUGAUCAUUAGGUAGAAGAUCAUAGUAAGACACAGUGUGAGCUAACUUUGGCAUUUACACACCUGUAAUCCCAGGCUUUAGGAUGCUCUAGCAAGAGUGACCGCCAUCCACUGUGAAGCCAACUUGAACUAUAACCAAACCAAAACAGUGCCAGGUCUUACCAGGGGUCAGUCACAGGGAUGUGACAGGGGAGGCAAAGGUAGGAUAUCAGGUCAGUGUGAUAGUCCACAAAGCAAGUUCAACAGCCAUACUCCGUACAGAAAACUGCCAGCAACCUCUGGCCAUCAGCACGCCUCCUCAACACACCAAGUACGUCAUAUACACCCCCAUGCUGACAACUCCCUACACAAUAUCUACACUGGUUUUGUGUAAGAUGUUCUUCCAAAGAAGAAACCGAGGAAUAUC